UGUUGUUCGGACAUUCUUGGGGGGAUUGGAGCAGCGCCGAGUAACAAAUCUUAAGCUCAUUGUUCUCUUUUUACACCCUCCCCUUCAUGUGACAAGAGAGCAACACAAAGCUUCACUUUUGAGGGGGGAGGACAGAGGCAGAAAGGUUGUAUUGAUUUAGCCUCGGCGAAGUUUGGGGGGGGAAAAUAGUUUUCGAGGGGAAAAGUCCACAGGUUGAUGUGGUCUUCGGUCAACAACAUGGCGGGGUACACCUUACCUGAGGGCUUCGACGACUUCGACAUGUUCUUGUUCGGCUCGGCGCUCUUUGUCGGCGGCGUCCUCGGGUUCCUCCUGAACGCCGUCACCGUGGUCUCCUUCCUGCGCGUCCGGGAGCUGAGGACCCCCGGCAACUCCCUGGUCUUCAACUUGGCCCUGGCCGACCUGAGCCUCAACGUCAACGGACUCACGGCGGCCUACGCCAGCUACAUCCGACAUUGGCCUUUUGGCCAGAACGGCUGCGCCUAUCACGGCUUCCAGGGCAUGAUUGCCGUCCUGGCAUCCAUCAGCUUCAUGGCGACCAUCGCUUGGGACCGCUAUCACCAGUACUGCACCAGACAGAAGCUCUUCUGGAGCACGUCCAUCGCGAUGAGCGCCAUCAUCUGGGUCCUGUCCAUCUUCUGGGCUGCCGUCCCACUCAUGGGCUGGGGCGUGUACGACUUUGAGCCCAUGAGGACCUGCUGCACUCUGGACUACACCAGGGGUGACAGGGACUUUGUCACCUUCAUGCUCACCCUGGUGCUGCUCUACUUGACCUUCCCGGCGCUCACCAUGCUGUCGUGCUACAGCGCCAUCAACAAAUACUUCAAGAAGGUCCAUCACCACCGGUUCAACACCAGUUUGCCUUUGAGGGUGAUGCUCAUGUGCUGGGGUCCUUACGUGCUCAUGUGCGUCUACGCCUGCUUCCAAAACGUCAAGAUUAUAUCCCCUAAGCUGCGAAUGGUGCUUCCGGUGGUGGCCAAGACCAACCCCAUCUUCAACGCGCUGCUCUACUCCUUCGGCAACGAGUUCUACCGCGGAGGCGUGUGGUACUUCCUCACCGGGCAAAAGAUAGCCGAGCCGGAUCCCAAGAAGACCAAGUCGAAAUAGGCGGAAAAGUUUACCUUUUUUGGGGGGGGGGGGGGGGGGGGUUAAUCCAUAAAUAAAU